GAAAGAGCAACCACCAAAGCUGAGCCUUGAACCUCUCCACGCCGUCAACACACUCUGAUACCACAUCUCGCUCCGAUCUAGUUUACGCCCAAUCAAACCCUCCGGCGUGGAGUACCAACGACAUAACUCGCGGAACCGAGCACUCUAGCCGUCUUCUGACCGUGGCGGAAAAUCGCAAAGCCUCAUUCAACCCUCUGCAUGUUCUCGCUUGAGGUGUCACUCUCCUUGGGAGACGAGCAAUGGCAGCACAAAUGGAGCAUCGGAGAUGGCAAAAGCAGUCUUGACUCGACUCCAGAAGAUGCGCGCCAUCCACCCCCUCGGUCCAUCAUAAGACCGCCACCGGCCAACUACGCCACUCCGGAUGUCAGUAUCCGCGCGAAACGUGCCAGCAGGAUACCAAAGCCGCCAUCCGGGUCCGAGCAGAGCUCGAUAGAUAUGGACAGGAGCUUCAGCUCACUGUCUCCGCACGCGCAGCAGCUACAACAGUCCGUCCGUCACCGUCAAUUUGAGCAAUAUCUUGGCAGUGUCCGCUCGGAAACGGCAGCAACGAGCAUCACGACGGUUGCCAAGCCUAGUCGCUUGGGUCAAAGAAGAGACCGCGAAAGCUUGCGCUUACUCGAGACUGCGUACCGUAGGCUGCCCCGUUCUGGUCGAGCACCGGUUCGUAGGACGAGAACCGAUACAAGCACCAAUGGAGACUGGCAGAUGAUCAGUCUGCUCGACUCGGAAGGGUACUGCGACGGCUUAGAUGAGCCGGGCUUCAAGUCCGGUCUCACGCCGCUUGCUGGUCGCAGCACGUCCGGGUCGCCGGCUUUCCAGUCUCUUCACAGUGUAGCUUGGGGGCCUUUCCACGGGGGUGUAAACGGCCAGACCGACGUAGAUAUUGCCACCGAAAGGACUGACGCACCGCAUGGGCACAACCACGACUGCUCGAGCGGAUCUGGUCUAGCAGCCUCCCACGCCUACACGCAGCAAAUGCAAGGCAGUCUGGAGAACAAGCUGCCGGAGCACAUGCACUCAGUGCACAUGCUCUUCGAGCGGCUUCAGCGCCAGCAUGAUGCGCCGAAGCAGCUCGGGAACCGCGAGGAAGAGUGGCAGGCUUUUAGUACGUUUGAGGAGCGGCACAGCUUACCAUCCAAUGCAGUGGAAAGGUCUGAACAUGAAUUGCAGUUGGAUGAUGCCGGCACUGCUCGUCUUUGCGACAGCAACCUCCAAUCAGCCGAGAACUUCUUGGAAAUUGUCAAGGCGCAGCAGGCCGCAAUUGUCGGGCAGGAACGCGAUAUCGCAGAUGGUGGAAUCGAUGAUGAUAAUGAUGAUGAAUGGCAGUUCAUCUGACGAAUCUCUCAAGUUGCUGGCCCGGUGGAUCUGUGGGCUUCGUUAUGCUACUGUGCAAUUGGAGCGGUUCGAUGUGCUAGCCACAGUGCAUGUGCUGGAUCUGGAGCCGUCUCCGGUUGUAACGC